GAUUUUCAUUAUUAUUUUUACUAGUUAGGAUAUAUUGCGGAAAUCUUAAAGUUCCACUCCGGAUGGCCAAACGUAGAUGUGUAAAGUUAAAAAGCAUUUUCUGCAAUCAGAAGAAACUGAUUAAAUGUUAAAAAGGCUUGCCACAGCCACCGAUGCUUCAACUUUCUGUUUCGCAGGUAUCUCGAUUAAAGGAGGUGAAAAGGAUCUUCCGACAUCAGGUUUAACUCUUUUCCUGGACGUCUUAAAUAUCCGGACUUGGAAUCUUAAUCUGACCCACGAACUAAUCAGCGUUUGUAGUGGAAUAAUGAACUAUUUCAUUCUUAACUAACGAAAUGAAGACCAAGGUGAAAAUAACGUUGUUGUUCUUAUUGCUGUGUGGCUCUUGUUACUACGUUUUUACAAAAGAAAGAAGAUCAUCAACUGAACAUGAUCAAAGCAGUAAAGGAGUUUCAUGCCCCAGGAUGCCAAUGACGUUUGAGGAUGUUAAACCAGUGAUAACAGUGAUUGGGAGAAAUAUCACUUUGCGAUGUGUCACAAACUUUACUUUACUUUUCCAUGAUAUUUUGGAAUGGAUUAAAGGCAAUGACGAUAUCUUAGUUGUAAAAGAUAGAAAAGUCCACCAAAACAUUGAUAAAAUCAGAUUCUCCCUAGCAGCUUCUAUCAAAGGACUUAAAAGACGCAUCGCAUCGCUCAACAUUUCACAUGUGAAGUACACAGAUAGUGGAAGUUACUGCUGCUGUAUUAGAAAUAUUACAACGGUACGACAAUGCAUCAACCACAUUGUUGUUGUGGAGAAUGAAUCAUUUAUAACAGAAGAUUCAGUUAAACACGUAAAGGUGGAUCCAUCACAUUUCCCCACGACACCCUCACCUCAGAAUGAGACCAAUUAUUGGCUAUUGAUUAGCGCUCCUGUUGCUGUUGUUGGUGUUGGUGUUGGUGUUGGUGUUCUUUGUUUCAUUGCAUAUUUAUUACGCAGGAAAUGUAAUAAAUAUGUACCUGUACCUACCUGCUGUAGGAAAGGAAAAAGAAAAAGUAGUGACUCACAUGCCCAUGAGUUAUCAUCACUAUCAGAAAAUCGAAGCAGUGACAAGGAAAGGAGGUCUACUAAAGAACAUGUUGUAUAAAAUGGUAACGCCACAAAUCCUGCUGUGGUUGGAGCGCCACCACACUGUUGAUGAAAAGAGGAAAUUAUUUCAACCCCCCAAAACCAAAGCAUCAGUUCAUUUUCCCUAGACUGUCUUCUUGUUCAAACUGUUUUUUUAAGCAUAAAAACAUAGAACGAAACUCUCUACUUAAAUUUGUUGAUUUUUUUAAUGAAUUUUAUUACAGAAAAUUUGCUGCUCUUUUUUAAGGUCUUAAUUGUGACUUGUUCAUGUUAAGCAAUGCCUUAUCAUACUUAAAUAAUAAGCCCCUAAGUAAAAAGGUUUGUUCAUUGUGAAUGAUCAGAGAUCAUCAUUAAAUUCAUUACUGUUAUCCUUAUUAUCACCAUGGGCAAAUUUGUAUUUACAAAUCUAUUUGCUUUGCCCCCUAAAUUUUGUGUAUUUUUAUGUUUUGAUGCAAAUGUGAUAAAACAAGUACUCUCUCUGUUUCCCUUAACCUUUUGAUAAUAAUUUCUCCUGCUCUUUUGUGGUGUAUAUACUUAUAUAUUAUUUGGGACUUUGUUAGAUAUUGUUCUUUCUGCUGAAAUGAGCCAUUAUAAUUUUCUGGGUAAAUCUAAAUGUUGAAAAAGGGGUUGUUAAGAGAAUAAAAUCAUCAACUUCUGGCUCAUUAUUUUCGCUUCUGCUCCCGGAUUCAAUGAUUCCAUGUGUGGAAACAAAAGCCAAACAGCGAUGACAGUCAGAACUCCACGUCUUACAUUUUCAGAGUUUAUUCUAACGUUU